GUUCAUGUUGCAGCAGUGUGUAGGAGGGAGAUUUCUAGAUGUGAAAAUGUGCAGAAGGGCAUGAGACAAGGGAAUGUCUAUUAUCGGUGGGAAAAGUGUGUGUUAACUGUAGGGGUGCCCAUGGUGCUGGAGAUCAGAGGUGUCCGGUGAGAGAAAGGCAGGUUGAGGUUGCCAGGAUCAAAGUGGUACAGAAGGUGUCAUAUGCUGAGGCAGUGAAGAGUGUAGUAGAGGAAGAUUGGUCCAGGGCGAGGGAUCCUAACGAUCCCUGUGAGUAGGCCAUGGCCAAAAGAGAGUGAUAGGAAUAAUAUGUACUUCAGUAAGGUUGGGUUCUUUAGCGUUCAUAGCCAUGGUUAUCAACUGUACUGCAGAAAUGGAACGUAAAUCACAGAACAUAAAUGUUGUGGUGGCAGCUGCAGAGAAGUACUUUGGGUGUACGAGAUUUUACUGCAGAAGAGUUAGGUGUGUUUAAUUAGUGUCCUGUCCUCACAGGCUGCCCCCCUGGUGUAGGAUCAGAUAGGGCCAAGUAGUGGAAGGUUGUAAUGGGUGUAGGUUUCUUCCCUUUUCCUAACCUUUUUGUGUCACAGUGUAAUGCAUGUACACUCCAGAACAGUAGGCGGAAACACAGGGCUAGAUAAGAGAAACAGAUUAGUAAGGAGGCCGACCGGCCUUAAACUCCACUACAGUAGGUGGCGGUGUAUGCACAUUUCAGUUGGUUGCGAUCCGCCAAUACAGAUUUAAAGAAGAAUUGCACUCAUUUCUAUUUUUACUCCAGCGCUGCGCUGUUUUGUAUUAUGAUAAAUACAUUUUUAAAGGAAAUAAUCAUUUAAUAGCCCAAACAGAACAGAAAAAAAGUUUACGUGAUGCAUUCAGUGGGCCAACUCAUGUAAAACACUGGUGAAAUCAAUACCCAAGCGAUGGCGCUACAUUUGAGUGACGUCAUCCUACUACUGCAACCUGACUGGAACAGACGAAGAGGAAGAGAAAAUCCAUUGCGUUGAUUGUGUGACUGCGGACGUUGAUUCGAGGAGCAGAAGCAGCACCGCCCGUUCCAACCCUGUUUACAUUGAUCUCUCAAGUGAAAAACAACACAUAACUGCCCAAAUAUCUGCGGCCAUGGAGUCGCAUGGCAAAGGGGAACUCAAGGGACCAGUGUUGCAUAUCGUGGUGGUCGGAUUUCACCACAAGAAAGGCUGUCAGGUGGAAUACUCCUACCCUCCACUCAUCCCUGAGGAGGGCCAUGACAGCAACAACCUGCCUGAGGAGUGGAAGUACCUGCCUUUCCUAGCCCUGCCUGACGGGGCACACAACUACCAAGAAGACACCGUGUACUUUCACCUCCCUCCUUUCAGUGGAGCAGAUAUGAAGUGUGUGUAUGGAGUCUCCUGCUAUCGCCAAAUAGAGGCUAAGUCCCUGAAGGUCCGACUGGCUGACGUCACCAGGGAGACGGUCCAGAAGAGCGUGUGUGUCCUCAGUCGAGUGCCUCUGUACGGUCUUCUUCAAGCUAAACUACAGCUCAUCACACACGCCUACUUUGAGGAGAAAGACUUCUCACAGAUAUCCAUAUUGAAAGAGUUGUAUGAACACAUGAACGGUUCUCUGAGAGGAACGGCUCUGGAGGGAUCACAAGUGUUCCUGGGUAUGUCACCAAGAGAUUUAAUACUGCACUUUCGACACAAGGUUCUUAUUCUCUUCAAACUGAUUCUGCUGGAGAAGAAGGUGCUGUUCUACGUAUCUCCAGUCAACAGACUGGUAGAAGCUCUGAUGACUGUACUGUCACUGUUCCCAGGCAUGAUAGAGCACGGCCUGGCCGACUCAUCCCACUACCAGCCCAAGAGCAGUGUCUCAGAGGACAUCAGCCUGCUGGAGUGUGUGUCGGGGGCUGAGGAGUUUGUCUCUGUCUCUGUCACUGACAUCACCAACGCUACCCUGGAGUUGGUAGGGGAGGAGGGUUUCGGUGAGGACCAGACUACCACCACCUCCACGGAGGCCUCACAGCGGACAGCCUCACCCCCAGACACCUCCACCCCAGCUGGGGCUAGCACAAACCUCAAGCCCCCCUCCCGUACCUCCCCAGACUCGUCAGAGAGCGACUGGGAGACACUGGACCCUAGCGUGCUGGAGGACGUUCCAAAAGACUCUGAGACAGGGGGUUUAGGUUUGGGGGUGGAGCACCCAGAGACGUUUGACCCAGAGCCAGGUGUCCCCAUCACAGUUCAGCCCCAGGGCCAGUCAGCAGGGCAAGGGGGGCAGGUGGCUGUCACUCAGGGCCUAGUGUCAGGCCUGGAGGAGGACCAGUACGGACUGCCACUUGCCAUCUUCACCAAGGGUUACCUGUGCCUGCCCUACAUGGCCUUGCAGCAGCACCACCUGCUGUCAGACGUGACGGUGCGCGGCUUUGUCGCUGGGGCAACCAACAUUCUCUUCCGUCAGCAGAGGCACCUGAGUGACGCUAUCGUUGACGUGGAGGAGGCUAAGAUCCAGAUCGGGGACCCAGAGUUGAGGAAGCUGCUGAGCCUGACCACGGCUGACCUGCGUUUCGCCGACUACCUGGUCAAACACGUCACGGAGAACCGCGAGGACAUCUUUCUGGACGGGACAGGCUGGGAGGGAGGGGACGAAUGGAUUAGGGCCCAGUUUGGACUUUACGUCCAUUCUCUCCUGUCCUCUACCUUACAAGAAGACAAUGAGAAGUUGCUAGCGGACUGGGGCACGCCCUUCAUCUCAGCCUGGAGGAUCACACACAACUACAGAGUGUGGUUCAGCAACAAACACCCAGCCAUGGCCAAGAUCACCCCAGGCCAUCCGUUCCAAGGGCAGUACAGUGCUGCUGAUCUGAAAUUAAGAUUCUCACACUCGGUGCAGAACAGCGAACGGGGGAAGAAAAUUGGAGCAGCUGUGAUCACCACCAGUCGGAGUGUCGUGCAGACCGGGAAGGCAGUAGGUCAGUCGGUGGGUGGAGUGUUAACCAGUGCUAAGUCAGCCAUGUCGUCCUGGUUCUCUACGUUGGCCCAGCCUGCUAUUUUAGCCACUCCCGCAGCCUCCCCUGAGCCUCAGUCACCUACCGAGGCCAAGCCUUGACCACCUACCUGCUGCCUGCCUCCUAACCUAACCUUAGCCUCUGUCACAGGCUUUAGCCAACAUGAGUUAAGCCUAGGAGCCGAGGAUACCCUAACCUAACCCCCUCCAACGGUCCUUCCCCGAGUGUCUCUCAAUUCAUCUUUCCUUGAUUCCCUGCAUCCUUUCUCCUGAGCUCCUUCACAAACCCUAUUGGAGAAGGUCAGAGGGGAGGAAUCUUGGACAGUGUCCUCCAAUACGGUUGAGGAGACGGGAUGCGACGUGACACACUCCUCCUAUUCCUCCUCUCCCCCUUUCUUUCAGAACCAGCUAGUUACAGAGAAGGAACCGGGGUCAGGUGGGCAGAAUAGGUUGAAUUUUGCGUGUUUGGGGAAAGGUUUUAUUUUAUGAAAGAUUUGAUUCAGGCCUCUGAUGGGAUACCACAACACAGCAGAGGGAUCCAGGUCUUUGUCAUAAAUGAUACCCUAUUCCCUAUGUAGUUCACAACUUUUGCCCAGGGCCCAUAGAGUACUGGUGAUAAGUAGUGCACUAGGAAUAGAUGCCAUUUAGGAUGCAAACCUGGUCUGCAGUACCCUCUCCCCUCCAUCCCCAGGUUACAACUGCUCCAGCAUGGAGGACAGAUCGACAAGGGCAGAUGAGAGGAAUAGCCACUUGUGCUAAACAGACCGGCAGAAAUAUCCUCAGAGCCCAUGCUCAGAGCCUCAGACACUUCAGAUUUCAGUGUGUUUUUCUCUGUGUGGUGGAAGACCUUUUGUGUUUUAUCCAAUGCCAGUGUUUUGCUCUAACUGUAUUCCAACAAGGUGUAUACUGUAUAUACUGACAGUGUGAAACCAGUGCAUCGCUGGCUGGAAGCUGUGUUACUGUAAAUAAGAUGCUGGGUCAGAGCAAGUUAUUCUCAGUUUACUGGACAGGACAGACAACCUAUGGGGGUGUCCCAAAUGGAACCCUUACCAUAGUGCACUACUUUUGACCGGUCCCUGGUCAAAAGUAGUGCACUAUAAAGAGAAGAGGGUGCCAUUUGGAACAUAUACUGUUUGUCAUUCCUUCAGGUUAAGAAAAAUGCUUUUUAUCUUUUUCCUCAUUAUGUCCGCACUAUACAUGUAAUAGUGAACUUUUAUAAAGAUAGUUGGAGUAUGGGAUAAAAUGAAUUUAUUAGUUGUAUAUAGUUUGUUGGACUUGUACAAAUAAUAGUGAUGACACGACUGGAACCAAUCUCUACCUGAUCUAUGGCUCACUAUCGUGCAUCUGAAAUGGCACCCUAUUCCCUAUAUAGGUCACUACUUUUGACUAAGGCCCUUUAAACCUAUUCCGUAGAAAGUGCACUACUAAAACUAGUGCUGUACAUAGGGAAUUGGUUGCACCUAUACAUAGGAAAGAUUAUAUUUCUAUGUACUCUCUUAGCCUAUACUUGUUACUUUGAGAUGAUUACAGUACUUUCUCCCCAACUGUUUGUAUUGAAGUUGUUGGAUUAGUUUAACAUUUAGGCACAGAUCCAUAUUUAGGAAAUAAGUGUGUAUAUAUAUUUAUCUUUGAGAUCUGGGACUGUAUCCACUAAAAGUCGGAGUAAGAGUGCCGAUCUAGGAUCCCAUAUAACCUUAUCAAUUACGGCCAAACAGGUCCUAAAUCAGCACUCGUUCGCAGACGUUUAGACAUGGGCACAGGUCCCGUUUUUAAACUGUAAUAAUGACAGCUUUGCUGUCUGAACUUUGGACCAUCAUCUCUUUGAUUUCCUGUCUUGACUUUUAAACUAAAAUCUGAGUCAUUCGUAUUGCCUGUAUGCUUCAUUUGUUGCUGUUGAACUCUGAAAUGUACUUUAAGUAUGCAAAGAAAAUUUAAUCUGACAUAUUUAGGGUUUUGAAAAUGUGAAGUUAAUUUAUGCUGCAUUAAAUAUGAAAAAAACAGAUGGAAA